CCAACGGCUAUCCACCACGCGAUAUGUUACAAAAAUCCCGCGAUAGUGGCCACUUGUUUAGAAUUCCCGAAAGAUGGCGGCGGCGCCUCCGGAUGAGGUAACCCUGCAGUCUCGCAUCAACAAGGCCACCAACCCUUUGAAUAAGGAGACUGACUGGGACAAUAUCAAAGGAUUUUUUGAUCAGCUCAACAAUGAACCAGACGGUCCCCAGCUCGCAACCAGACUUCUGGCCCACAAGAUCCAGUCGCCUCAAGAGUGGGAGGCUAUGCAAGCGCUUAUGGUUCUUGAGACGUGCAUGAAGAACUGUGGAAAGCGAUUUCACAGUGAAGUGGGAAAGUUUCGCUUUCUCAACGAGCUCAUCAAAGUGGUGUCGCCCAAGUAUCUGGGUACCCGGGCUCCAGAGCCAGUGAAGAAGAAAGUAUUAGAAAUAAUGUACAGCUGGACAGUGAGGCUGCCCGGUGAGACCAAGAUAGCGGACGCCUAUCAGAUGCUGAAAAAACAGGGCAUUGUCAAACUGGACCCUGUGCUUCCUGAUGACAAGCCCCUCCCACCCCCUCCACCCAGAGCCAAAAAUGUCAUCUUUGAGGAUGAGGAGAAAUCCAAGAUGCUGUCUCGCUUAUUGAACAGCACUCACCCGGAAGAUCUAAUAGCAGCAAACAAGCUCAUUAAGGAAAUGGUCCAGGAGGACCAAAAGCGUGUGGAGAAGGUAUCAAAGCGAUUGAACGCCAUCCAGGAGGUGAAAGAGAGUGUCAACCUGCUGAGCCAGCUGCUGGAGGGCUACAGCAAGCAGAGCUGCUCCCAGAGCAACCAGGAGCUCAUUAAGGAUCUUUACCAGCGCUGUGAAAAGAUGAGGCCUACACUGUUCCGAUUAGCAAGCGAUACAGAGGACAGCGAUGAAGCCUUAGCGGAAAUCUUAGAGGCCAAUGACAGCCUGACACAGGUCAUCAACAUGUACAGACAGCUGGUAAAGGGGGAGGAUGUGUCAAAGGAUGGCAUAACCUCGCCCUCACAACCAGGCAGCAGUAGCUCAGCACUCGUAGACCUGAUGGGACUUAACUCAUCCGUCAACACGGCACUAUCCAGCCCCGAGCCCUCCAGCCUCCAGACCCUGACUCAUAACAUGGGCAUCAGCCUCUUGGAUGAUGAGCUCAUGUCACUGGGUCUGAAUUUAACGGAAAACUUCGACUCUCAGAACACUUUUCAGGUGCAAGUUCAUUCUGAUGGCACAGAAUCAUCUGCAACAUCGGCCCCUGCUGCCGUGUUGCUACCAGCUGUGGUCCAAACAGCGCAGGCGCCGCCAACAGUGGGCCCCACUCCUUCUCCUAAACCCAUGGAAGAGCUAGAAAUGUUGGGGAAGACAUUGUUACAGCAGUCCCUACCUCCAGAGAGCCAGCAGGUCAAAUGGGAUAAGUUCCAACCUCAAUCCAGAGUCAGUUUACGAGAUAUGCAGACCAAGUCCGCCGCCAACUGUAGAGCCGCUCCUAAUGUAACCCCCGCCUCCUCUGGUCCUGCUCCUGCUCCUGCUCCAGGCCCCGCGUCCAGCCUGAGCCUCCAUUCAGAGCUGCCUGACACUCUCCUCCUCUCCAAUCUGAGUUUCGCAGCUGCUACCGACCCCUACGACAACAUCUCUCUAGCUGAGGUUACCGUGUCUCUGGAAGCAAUCAAACCUAGCAGCUUAUUACCAGUGACUGUAUUCGACAAACACAGUCUCCGGGUUUUAUUCACCUUUGCCCGUGACUGUCCUCCAUCACGGCCUGACGUGCUGGUGGUGAUCAUCUCCAUGCUGUCCUCCGCCCCCAUUCCUGUCACCAACAUCCGCUUUCAGGCAGCUGUACCAAAGGUGAUGAAAGUGAAGCUGCAGCCUCCCUCUAGCACUGAGCUCCCAGCCUUCAAUCCCAUCCUGCCUCCCGCCGCCAUCACACAGAUCCUGCUGUUGGCCAACCCUCACAAGGAAAAGGUACGUUUGCGGUACAAGCUGACAUUCAACCUGGGCGAGCAAUCUCACGAUGAGUCUGGUGAUGUGGACCAGUUCCCACCCCCAAACACCUGGGGGAACCUUUAGGGAGAAGGACCGACCCCCCCAACUUCCGUGGUUUCAAACUCUGGUUCGGUAAUACAAACUGACACGAGGCCAGUUGUGGGAACCAGCUUCUACCUUGUGCCUUUCUUCGCAGCCUUCCUGUCCUUAUUCCAUCAGCUCCACGUUCCUGUGUUCCAUAGCUACUUUUCUUCUCCUUCUUUUCAACAAUCAUUCCAACGCAAACUAUAAAGCAAACUGUCAGAAACAUUGAUUCAAUGCAGUGACAUUUGGGGGAAAAUUUUUUUUUAAAAACCUGAAUGUGUGCAUUUGUCUGGUUAACACACUGUUUAACCAUCAAUCAGAUGUGCCAUGUCACGUAUAUUACAUGUAACAGUCUCACAUUAUUUCAGUUUGGUUUUUUUACCAAACCCCAGUACUCACCCCGGACAGCGUGAGCUCACAGAGUAUUGUCACAGUUUGUGUGUUCAGUGUUUAUUCUGAGUGUUCUGAGUAGGGUUGCAAGAAAUCAUUUUUCUUUUAGUUCAUCAAUAAUCAGAAUCCAAAUAGGAUUUAUUGCCAAGUAAGUAACUCUGCCUUAGUGGUUGGGUGCAUUUAAAACAAUAAAUGUAAAAGA